AAGAGCUUGGAGAUCUUUCCCAGUUGCAGUUCUUGUUCCUUGGAGCUAACCAGCUCUCAGGGUCGAUACCUUCCACAAUCUUCAAUAUUUCUUCGCUGAAAAGGAUUGUGCUUGCAUCAAAUCAUCGGCUUUCAGGCAAGCUUCCGGUGGAUUUGUGCGAGCAUCUGCCGGUACUCGAAGAGCUGGAGAUUUCUUUCAACAAUUUGUCAGGCAGGAUUCCGUCGAGUUUACAGAAAUGCAAGAUGCUUAGGGUUCUGGCAAUGGAUGGUAGCAAUAAAUUCACAGGACGCAUACCCAAAGAACUUGGCAACUUAACCAUGCUUGAGGAGUUAUAUCUUGGUUUCAAUGAUUUGGAAGGUGAAAUUCCAUCAGAAAUUGGCAACCUCCGAAACUUACAAAAUUUUGCAGUGGAGCACAGUGGGCUUACAGGAACAAUACCUCCUGCCAUCUUCAACAUCUCAUCUCUUCAAGAUCUUGUUGUUGCAAACAACAGCAUAUUCGGAAGUCUUCCAAUGGAUCUGUGUCAUCGCCUUCCAAAUCUUCAAAUACUUUUUCUUUUCGAUAAUAAAUUCGUAGGGAACAUACCAAGAGAUAUAGGAAACUGCACAAUGUUACAGCAACUUCGUCUUGGGAGAAACAACUUUACAGGUGCUAUACCUCAUGAGAUGGGUAAUCUUAGAUAUCUGAAGGUGGUGAGAUUGCCGGUGAACAGCUUAACAGGUCUGAUUCCACCAAAUAUCUUCAACAGUUCCACGAUUGAGGAGAUUACUUUAGCUGUAAAUAACUUCUAUGGCAAUCUUCCCGCUAGUUUAGACCUAUGGCUCCCUAAUCUUAAACGUCUCAUCCUAGGUGGAAAUCAACUGGAUGGAAUUAUCCCAAGCUCUAUUGCAAAUUCUACUGAGCUUAUUCAGUUAGAGUUGAGUGAGAAUUUGUUUACUGGUUCUGUACCAAUGACCUUUGGUAAUCUUCUGUUUCUACAGAGGCUUACCCUGAUAGGAAAUUUUCUUGUCAAUGAUCCAUCGACUCCAGAAUUGAGCUUUCUUACUUCUCUGACAAAUUGCAAGAACUUAAUAGUUUUGGGAUUUUCCAAUAAUCCUAUCAGGGGAAUCUUCCCACCUUUUGUUAACUUCUCUAACACUCUUGAAGUUCUUGAUGGAAGCAAUUGCGAAAUCAUGGGCAUGAUACCCAGGGGACUCGGCAAUUUAAGCAGCUUGAUAUCUUUAAGCCUAAAUAACAACGACUUGACAGGACCCAUUCCUGAUACGUUCCAGAAUUUGGCAAAGAUACAAAGAUUGUAUCUCGGGGACAACAUGUUACAGGAUUCUAUUCCGAAUAGUUUAUGUCAUCUGAGCAACCUGGGUGAGUUAAGAUUGAGCAGGAACAGACUUGCAGGGUCAAUACCAAGUUGCUUUGGGAAUCUUACCUCUCUGAGAGAUCUCCAGCUUGACAGCAAUAAUCUAACUUCCAGUAUACCAUUUUCCCUCUUGAGCCUGAAGGACUUGUUGAUCUUGAACGUGUCAUCUAAUUCACUAGAUGGAAACCUACCGUCUGAGAUUGGAAAUUUGAAGAUCAUGUACCAACUAGACUUGUCAAAGAAUCAAUUCUUUGGCGGUAUUCCGAGUGAACUCGGCGGUCUCCAACAGUUAACUCAGCUGUCUUUGGCACACAAUAAAUUCCAAGGACCUAUACCAGGCUCAAUUGGGAGCAUUGUGAGCUUGGAGUAUUUGGAUCUCUCCAAUAACAUGCUCUCUGGCGUUAUUCCAAAGUCUCUGGAAGCACUUCCAUAUCUCAAAUACUUCAACGUGUCUAACAACAGCCUAGAAGGAGAAAUUCCUGACGGAGGACCUUUUGCAAACUUCACAGCUCAAUCUUUCAUGAACAACGUUGGACUCUGCGGAGCUCCUCAGAUGGGCUUCAAGCCGUGUAAUGCAUCUAGUAGUUCUAAAAAAUCAACCCCAUUUCUGAAAUAUGUUUUACCAGCUACGGCUUUAGCAAUUUUGGUACUAGGCUUUGUAUGUGUGCUUUCAAGGCAAAGAAGACAAAAGAAGAAGAGAACUGAUCCUGCCUCUACAACUCAACCUGAUUUGCUAAAUAUAGCAACAUACAGAAGGUUUUCAUACCAGGAACUCAUGCAAGCUACGAAUGGAUUCGACGAAAGUAAUCUACUGGGUAAAGGGAGCUGGAGCUUUGUCUACAAAGGAACGCUUGCUGAUGGCAUGGUUGUUGCAGUAAAGGUUUUCAACUUGCAGCUAGAAGGAGCAUUAGAGAGUUUUGAUGCAGAAUGUGAAGUUCUUCGAAACAUCCGCCAUAGAAAUCUCGUCAAGAUUAUCAGCAGCUGUGCAAAUGUUGAUUUCAAAGCAUUGGUGAUGGAGUUCAUGCCCAAUGGUAGCCUUGAGGCAUUGUUGCACUCUAAUUGCUAUUGCUUGGAUAUGGUACAGAGGUUAAAUAUCUUAGCAGAUGUUGCAGUUGCUGUAGAAUAUCUCCACCACAAUUAUAGUAGACCAGUGGUUCACUGUGACAUAAAGCCCAGCAAUGUCCUCUUGGAUGAAAAUAUGGUGGCCCAUUUAGGAGACUUUGGAAUUUCGAAGCUCUUAGGUGAAAGCAUAUCAAUGACGCAAACCAAAACGCUAGCCACAAUUGGGUAUAUGGCACCAGAGUAUGGAUCACAGGGAAUCGUGUCAACAAGAGGAGAUAUAUAUAGUUUUGGAAUCAUGAUGAUGGAAAUACUUACGAGCAAGAAACCCACAGAUAAAAUGUUCGAAGGAGAAAUGUGCUUGAAAGAUUGGGUGUUAGAAUCAUUGGAGAGUGGAAGAAUUAGUGAGAUUAUGGAUUUCAACUUGUUAAACACAAAUGAGAGUGAUCUUGCAGCUAAGGAACAAUGUGUUUCUUCUCUUAUGAGUUUGGCUCUUGCCAGUUGUGAGGAAUCACCCGAAAUGAGGAUUAACAUACGAGACGUUCUGCAGAGACUCAGGAAAAUCAAGGACCAGUUUGAAAUGUCCAUGCAGUCGACUUGCAAAUUACCAUAAAUCUUCUCUUUUUCUCAAUAAAUUCUUAAAGUGAAAUGGGUUGCAGCAUGUUGUUUAUAUUCAUUGAUAUAUUUACUAAUGAGCUUUUGGCUGAGAAUGCUUUAGUCUUAUUGUGUCUAUAUAUAUAUAUAUAAAUAGAUCAUAGAGAUAGAGAGAUUGCCAAGUUGCAGGAUUAAGUUUAUAUAUUUAUGUUAAGUAAUAUAUCUAAAUUUGUGUA